ACGUCAGCCGCAGCCUCGCUCUAGGAGGGUUAACGGCGCGAUUUUUCAAAAUGGUGGUGUGGAGGCAGAUUGCUUCCCGCCGGGCCAUGGAGCGGGGAAGGGGCUGCCUGGGGCACGGCGGGCUGAGGACGCGGCCAUAAUGGGGCGCCGCAGCCGCGCUUCGGAGGGGAAAUCAUAGAGAGGACGCGGGAGGAACGGCCGGCUGGCACCAUGGCGACCUGCAUCGGCGAGAAGAUAGAGGAUUUCAAGGUGGGGAACCUUCUGGGGAAGGGUUCCUUUGCUGGGGUCUACAGGGCAAUAUCCCUAAAAACUGGCCUGGAAGUGGCCAUCAAAAUGAUAGACAAAAAGGCCAUGCACAAAGCUGGAAUGGUACAGAGAGUUCAAAAUGAGGUGAAGAUACAUUGUCAAUUAAAACAUCCUUCUAUACUUGAACUUUAUAAUUAUUUUGAAGAUAGCAACUACGUUUACCUGAUACUAGAGAUGUGUCACAAUGGAGAAAUGAGCAGAUAUCUAAAGAACAGAAUGAAGCCUUUCUCUGAAGAGGAAACACGACACUUUAUGCAUCAGAUUAUCACAGGGAUGUUGUAUCUUCAUUCUCAUGGAAUAUUACAUCGGGACCUCACCCUUUCUAACCUUCUACUCACCAAUAAUAUGAACAUCAAGAUUGCUGAUUUUGGACUAGCAACGCAAUUGAAAAUGCCUCAUGAAAAGCAUUACACAAUGUGUGGAACUCCUAAUUACAUUUCUCCAGAAAUAGCCACACGGAGUGCACAUGGACUUGAAUCUGAUGUGUGGUCAUUGGGGUGUAUGUUCUAUACUCUUCUUAUUGGGAAACCACCUUUUGACACUGACACAGUCAAGAACACAUUGAAUAAAGUAGUAUUAGCAGAUUAUGAAAUGCCAACUUUUUUGUCAGGAGAGGCUCAAGACCUUGUACACCGGUUACUUCGCAAAAACCCAGCGGAUCGUUUAAGUCUUUCAUCUGUACUGGAUCAUCCUUUUAUGUCCCGAUAUAACUCGGCACGAAGUAAAGAUUCAGGAACCGUAGAAGAUUCAAUGGACAGUGGAAAUGCCACAAUCUCUACAGCCUUUACUGGCUCUUCCAGUGUCAGUGUAAGUGGUUGCUUGAAAGAAAAGAAAAGGCUCUUGGUUGGUCAGCCACUCCCAAAUAAAAUGACUGUAUUUCCUAAAAAUAAGAAUUCCAGUGACAUUUCAUCUGUGGAUGGAAGCAGUUCUUAUAAUCACUGGGGAAUUCAGGGAAAAGAAACUGGCAUAAGUGGUAGGGGAAGAACAAUGCAACUUACUGAAGAGAGACCACAUUCACGUUAUCUUCGGAGGGCCCAUUCUUCUGAUAGGUCUGGCGCAUCUCGUAGUCAGACUCAAGGAAUAUCAAACACUGUGGAGAGAUGCCAUUCCAUAGAACUGCUUUCAACGACCCGAGUAGGAGUGAUGGAAAAUACAGAAAGAUUUUCACCUGUAAACAGCUAUGGUGAUAUUCCCCCUAUAUUUAAGGAUAAGACUUCCUGUAGUUCUGGUUCUUUUGAAAAGCACACAUCUCCACCUGUGAAACACCAAACACACUCAAAUUAUCUCUGUCCAAUGAAGCCCAGUAUUGGUUUAUUAGAACAGAAGUCCCAGACUGAAACAAUGCAGCAGUGGCUUGGAAGCGUACAGACAAAUGCUCAGCUGAGAGAGCCUUUGGAUCACAUCAAUACUGAUAACACAAAUGGAGGUUUCCGAUACCAUCUAGGUGUGCAGCAGGAAACAUCAAGAAAUGCUUGGAAUGGCUUAAAAGAUAAAAAAAAUCCCAGUACUCCUAUUGACAUUGCACAUUCUAUAAAUGAGAUCAGUACAAAGAAAUAUACCUCUGGACUUCAGUGUAAAUCUGACAAAGCUCAACCAUCAUCUGCAUUUGGUCUCUGUCCAACUUCAGAACAAGGAAAAGUCAGGGGCAAAGAACUACUAGGACAUCAGAAACCUACACUGCGAAGUAUUGUAUCUCCUCUGAAUGCUCACAGGCUAAAAUCAAUCAGACAAAAAACAAAAAAUGCAGUGGUGAGUAUUUUAGAUGCAGGAGAAGUGUGUAUGGAGUUUCUAAAGGAACUCCAUUCCCAAGAGCUUGUGAAAGAAGUUCUCAGAAUAUCUUGUGAUGGAAGUGUGAUCACAGUUUAUCAUCCAAAUGAAGGAAGAGGCUUCCUUCUUGAUGAUGGACCUCCUUCUCCUCCUGAAGAUGUUGUUAUGUACAACUUUGACAACUUGCCAGAAAAGUACUGGAAAAAGUACCAGUAUGCAGCCAAAUUUGUACAGUUGAUAAGAUCCAAAACACCAAAAGUUACCUUCUAUACAAGAUAUGCUAAGUGCAUGUUGAUGGAGAAUUCACCUAUUGCAGAUGUUGAAGUUUGUUUUUAUGAUGACUUUGUUUUUCUAGGGACAAAAAUACACAAGACAGCAGGUAUUACUCGAGUGAUAGAAAAAUCUGGGAAAUCCUACACUUUGAAAGAAGAAAGUGAAAUUGGCCUGAAGGAAAUACAAAUAUAUAUGGAUCAUGCAAAUGAGGGUCACCGUAUUUGUCUCGCAUUGGAAGCUGCUGUUUUGGAAGAAGAAAAGAGAAGUGAAAGUGUUCCCUUUUUUCCAAUAAUUGUUGGAAGGAAGCCAGGCAACACUGAAUCUCCAAAGGCUUUGGCACCUCCCUCUACUUUAGUAGAUGUAAACUGCGCAGUGAAAGAUGCUACCUCAGCAGAUAGAAAUAUAACUGUGAGCUCUACUCCUUGUCAUGUUCCCAACAUAAAUCCUUCUAUAUAUGAAGGCUCUGUGUUCACCACUACCAUUCCUGAAACAAACUGCUCCUCCAAUCAGCAAAAGGAGUGUAGUCCAAACUCAGCCCAGCUUUUAAAAUCUGUCUUUGUGAAAAAUGUUGGUUGGGCUUCUCAGUUGACUAGUGGAGCAGUGUGGGUUCAGUUCAAUGAUGGAUCCCAGUUGGUAGCACAAGCAGGUGUCUCUUCUAUCACUUACACAUCUCCAAAUGGCCAGACAACUAGGUAUGGAGAAAAUGAGAAAUUACCAGAAUACAUCAAAGAGAAGUUGCAUUGUCUGUCUUCAAUUCUUGUGAUGUUUACCAGUCCAGCUGGCCCCCACUGAUGAACAUAAAGCAACAUUUUGGGCUAGGCGGCUUAAUAAAUAACUUGCUGGCAUUCAAGCAAAAUGACUAAUUUACUCAGCUUACCAGAAACUCUUAUAGUUAAGAAAUUCUACUCAGCAAUGUCUGCUAAACAGCAGGAAGGAAAGGGUUGCUAUUACGUCUAGCCAGUCAUUUGUGAAACAUCUUACAAAUGUGUAAUACUUUCCUCAGAUAGAGGACACAAAGUUGUUCUACAUAAUAGAUUCUGGGCAAUCUCUGAGACUAACUGAUUUUUCAGGUAAAGAAUUCCUGAACAAUCAAUCAGAACUGUACAUAGUGUCCCCCCUCCCCCACUGCUCAUUCAAUGCUGGCAAUCGAAGAACAAGCAUUUGCACUGUUGAAAUAUUUGUACCUGUAAAUAACUUGUAUUUUAUGUGGCUUACAAGUAAUAUAUGUAAAAAUAUACAUUGUUUUAUACUUGUUUUAUAUUUUUGUAGCAACACUUUCUAAUGAA